CCACUGGCAACAACACAUCUCGCUGUCCUCGUCAAGCAAACAUGGCAGUCACGGAUUGGUCGCUACUUCCACAAGCAGAAGAGGAUGCGCUUCAUAACGUAUCCCGAUUGCUGGCCGUCGAGGCUCGACCAUACCAGCAAGUCGCGGGGCGCCUCUUGAAGGAGAACUUUUUCGAUUUCGCACGACCGAAGCAGCUACUUUCGCCGCCUCCCGAUGCCUCGGCUGUGGAGGAGGAGGCUGCCGCCAACUUCGUCGAGCGCGAACAACAAUCGCACAAGGUCGCAGUCUGGAGAGACAACAUUAUGAAUGAACUUUCAAUGCUCGACUAUGCGAUCCUGCGUUUUGAGUUCACGACAAACAGCAACCACACCGAGCGCGACCGUUACGCAGUGGAAAAGGACGGCAUCACAGCGAAGCAGCAACACGUUAGAGAUACCAUAGAAGAGUUACGGGUCAAGCUCGUUAAGGCCAAAGACACGCUAGCUGUGCGUAAAACCUACGAUGAGUUGACAGAGAAGAUUACGAGUAGUAAAAUGCUCAAGCCGCGCGACGAACAAAAGCAGGCACAUGAGAGAUUGGACGAGGAGAUUGCAGAUCUGGAGCGCGAAGUUCAGUCCGCGAAGAACACGUGGGAGGAAAGGCGCAUACAAUUUGGUCGCAUUGAAGAGGAGGCUAGGGAGAUGCUGCGCAUGAUCAAGGACGAGAAAGAGGAAGCAGAGCGCAAGGAGGGCAUGAUGAAGGACGGCGAUGAGGAUGGAGAAGGCGAGGGCAGCACAUCUAGGGGAGAUGCUAGUCACGUUGGUACACCAAGGCCGGACGGGGGAAUGACGCCCAUACAUGUCAGCCAGGGCGGGGAUGGAUCGAUGUCACUCAAAGUGCCACCACAAGAUCGACUCAAACCGCUAUCGAGGGAUGUUAGUGUUGCACCAUCUCUGGCACGGUCCCACGACGACACACCAAUGGCAGACUCAGGCGCUGCGUCAGGUGUGCAGGCCGAAGACUCGGACGGCAUAGACGAGGGAGAAGACCUGGAAGAGGGUGAGGAUGACGGCGAGACUUCAGAUAAGAUGGACGAGUCAUGAUCGUUCGCGUUCAUUCUCGUACUUCUUGCAUAGCGCGGUGUUCAGGUGGGCGGUCGUGACUUCAUCAACCAUACUUCAUACCCAGUCUCGUAGACUCUACGAUCCUUCAGCAAUAACCUUUUUUCCAGAUGCAAGAGCUGCCUGUGCCUUCUUGAUCUCCUCUGCGUCACC